AUGUCUCAAAGUAAAUUAAAUGAUUUUGCUAAUCGAUUUAUGAAAAGUCCCAAAGGGGUUGGAACUGGUAUGAAAUUACUCGGUUUAGCCGGUUUGGCUGGCUACGGCAUGACCCAAAGUUUAUAUACAGUUGAAGGUGGUCAUCGUGCAAUUAUUUUUAGUCGUAUCGGUGGUAUACAAAAAGAGGUUUAUUCAGAAGGUUUACAUUUUAAAAUUCCUUGGCUUGAAUACCCCAUUAUUUAUGACAUAAGAUCUAGACCAAGAAAAAUUUCAUCUCCAACUGGUUCAAAAGAUUUACAAAUGGUUAUGAUUUCACUCAGGGUUUUAUCAAGGCCUGAUGCUAUUAAUUUACCAACAAUGUACAGAACAUUAGGACUUGAUUAUGAUGAAAAAGUUUUACCAUCAAUUUGUAAUGAAGUUUUAAAAAGUGUUGUGGCUAAAUUCAACGCUAGUCAGCUUAUCACACAAAGACAGCAGGUUUCACUUUUAGUCAGACGAGAACUCACAGAAAGAGCUAGAGACUUUAAUAUUAUUUUGGAUGAUGUUUCUAUAACUGAACUCAGUUUUGGUAAAGAAUACACGGCUGCAGUUGAAGCAAAACAGGUGGCUCAACAAGAAGCACAGAGAGCAGCAUUUGUUGUUGAAAGGGCCAAACAAGAAAGACAGCAAAAAAUUGUUCAAGCAGAGGGAGAAGCAGAAGCAGCGAAAAUGUUGGGAGAAGCUGUUUCUCAAAAUCCUGGAUAUUUAAAGCUUCGUAAAAUUAGAGCAGCACAAAGUAUAUCCAGAAUUGUUGCUGCUUCACAGAACAAAGUCUUUUUAAGUGGAAAUUCAUUAAUGUUGAAUAUCUCCGAUCCUGCAUUCGAUGAUUUAUCUGAAAAACUUAAAAGUAAGGCUAAAAAAUAG